GAAGGACGAGGAAAAGAAGGAAGAAGGUGGACGAAGAGAAGAUCAGCCAUUUUCGUGAGGUCGAAAUCUGCAGUGCAGGGAUGCCAAGACAUUGCUCAGCGGGUGGCUGCAAAUCCCGGGACAACCGUGAGACACGUAAUGCUGGUAUCACUUUUCAUAAAUUACCAAAAGGAGCAACUCGGAGGAACCUUUGGAUCACCAACUCCCACCGUGCAGACUCCUGGGAUCCUCAGACUGAUUUUGUCUACUUCUGCUCCAAACACUUCACCCCAGAGAGCUUUGAACUGACUGGAUGCAGUGGGAUCAGAAGACUAAAGGAAGAUGCAUUUCCUACAGUGUUUGAUUCCUCUUCUUCAGCCAAAUGCAAAAGACAAGGAGCACUGCAGACACAAGAGGACAUACCAGUCAGGAAGAAACCCUGCUCUGCUGACGAGGAGAACGCUCAGCAGGAUACAGACAAGGGCCAAACCUUAGAAGAACCCACAGUUCAGAGGUCAGUGGGUACAGCUGAUGAGACUAAUGAAAACAUACCUGCAUCGUCUCAAGAGCCAUCAGGGGCUGAGCAGCUCUUGCAGCAAGAAUGUCCAUCACCAGCACCACGUCCCCUCUCCCCAUCACGGUACAUGAGGCGCUUGCCCCCUCCUCCAGGCUUCUACCUGUCGAAGGAGCACAGCUACGCACAGCUCUGCCCGCUGCAGUGGAGGAGACGUUACGACCAGGCUAUUGACUGCUUGGAAAAGGCCCUACGACAGUUGCACGCAGCCAGGCGGAGGGAGAACCGCCUGCGGAGCACUGUGCUGAGGCUCCGUGAUAAACGACUGAAGCACACUCUGCUGUUGUCACAAGAUGGUUGUAAAAAUAGAGGGAGCUGGACACCAGGUGGGGAGAAGAGACGAGGCAAAGGAGGUUCUAACCAGGAGGAAAGUGAGACUGAUGCUAAAUCUGAGGACACAGGAAUGUUUGAGGACAGAUGUGUGGAUCAGAUGGAGUUGGGAGAUCGUUUUCUUGCAGACACUAACAGCUGGUCUGAGGAGGAGAAGGGAUACUGCAUUUACUGUGGAAGAGGGCAGGUUGGCGGUCAGGUAGCUUGCAGAGUUACAAAGACUGGGAAAGAUGUCCAGCCCACAUUGCACGAGGACUCUCUGAAGAGUCAGAGAAGUGUUGAAACUAGUAAUUGUGACACAAGUGAAAAUGCCAAAGACAUACAGAUAGUCAGGCUAAAAAGACCACCUGGAAAAAGAGUAGAAACCAGUGACUCAAAUGUAACAAAUUCCCAAUUCUUGCUCCAAACCCAAGGUUUUCAACAUGCAGCUGGAGUGUCUCUGUCUGAUACUCAUGAGCAGAGUUUGCACUUUUUAAGCUCUCAACAGAAGCUGCUGCUCUCUGACAUGUGUGAAGGGGAGACAGAAAGUAUGGGUCAGGAGCAUCACCUGGACCUGCAGCAGCAGCAGCUCUUUUGGAUACAAGACAGUGCCGAGGGACAGGUCAUUCUGGUGCCUGUCCCGGCUGAAGAUGGUUUACAAAGCUUGCUCAAGACGGACGGAGUCGCUGAUGAAGCACAAACCAUACUUGUGUCAGAACUGGAUCUUAAAGCAGACUUAGGGCAUAUGACAGAGAACAGCGAAUGUCUGUCUAGAGUUGAAACGACCUGUGAUGAUGAUCACAGUGAUCAGCAUUCUGUCAUUAACACUACACCAGUGGCAAUGGGAGAAGAUGUGAGGGAGAAACUGAAAGAACAUCUGGAAGGAUUUCACCUCCAGCUGAGCACUGAGUUUAUAAACUGACAGGAGUCACUUUGUUUUCUGAAUGAUUCAGUUGUUCCAGGCUAUUUUGCCAGCAUAUGUGGUGUGUUGUGUGGACCUAAAUGUGUAUUUCACAGGAUGCUUGGCCUCUGGAAUGUAUGACAACACUAAAGAAUCAGCUCUGCAGUCAGAUGCAGUUUCUUCAAAGAAGCUUGAAAAAGGUUCAGUGCUUAGGGGUUUUUUUUGUGUAGAGCCAAACCAACAGGAAAUGUAACUAUGAAUAAGUACUCAGUGUGUAUCAAAGCCUGAUAUAUUUUCUUCCUCUGUGCUAUUCGCCUUAUUCACCUGUGUCACCAUCUUAAACCAAAAUAAGGCCGAGGAGGAUGGAAGUAACAUUGGAACUCGGGGUACCAGCAAUGCAGCCUCACUGCUGAGUUCCCAAAUAUACCUCUUCCAAAAGAAAGAAAUCUUGUAGAGGUCAAUCCUUCCAUCUUUUUCCCAAAGAUCCUGCACUUCGCUGUGAAUGGAUUCACAAAAUAAAAAGAGACCCUGAUCGCCGUUUCAAGAUCCACAUGGACACAAAAGAAUGUUCAUAUCACUUCACAGAAGAGUCUUUCUUGAAGACCUUGAACAGAAAGUGAAAGCUGAAGAAUUGUGCUGUGUCAACUUUGUUUGCCUGGACUGACAGCACUGUGAGGCCUGUAAGAAGGACUAUUGUCAGAGGAACUACAAGUCAUGCAACCACUACCACAAGACAAUGUCCUGCAGGUUGGUGUAAAUUCCAAUGAGUUGAGUGAAGAUACGGCCCUUCCACACCCUGACAAUGAUUAUACUGAACGGCCCCUACCACUGGUCAAGCAACUUGAGGAAGCCCACAACACCAUCAGUGAUCGAGCAUAGCAGCUUCAAGAUGAGCAAGUUCUACUUUCAAGAUUUCAGGGCGAUAAUAAGGACAUCGUGGUUUUCUAAGUCUUUCCAGAUUACAACACACUCAAAGCAGGUGAAAACAUGGCAGAGUGUAGUCACAGCGAUUAAGGCAGGCUGGUGAGGAAAUGCUAAGGCAGGGGUUUAUCAUUCUGAAACUGGUGUCAUUGACCAUUUUUUCCCCUUUUUCUUUGUCAUCUGAGGCAAGGUUUUCCUGAGCAGGAAGGCUUUAGUGUGUCACAGCUGGAAGCAGGGUCUGCGUCACCUGGACACACUUCCUACAUUUCAUGUUAGGAUCACUUAAUAUUUGGCCUUUACAAGAAACUGUAAACGAGUGUAUUCCUCCUUUUUUUUGCAAAGAAAUUACCACCUACAAGAGUUAUAUUAGACUGUUUGGAAAUACAUGUGCAGUGACCUAGCUCAAAAGUUUGCAACUCUGAAAUAUACUCUCACUACAAAGGUACUAUCACCUUAAACCACCCUAAUUGGCAUUUCUCCAUCAUGGGAAAUGACAUUUGUCAGUGACCUGUAUGCAGGGGUGAUAAAAUUAAUAGAUUAAUUAGAUUAAUUCCAUGCUCGAUAUGUUAUGAUCCACUAAAGUUAGGAAUAAUACGAGAUAAGAAUAUCCCAGUUUUUCUUAUCUUUGCCACCAUUGUACCUGUAAGGGAGCUGAGAGGGACUAUUGAGUGAGAUUAAAAUCUUUGUCAUUCCACUACUGUCAUGCAUACGUGCUGGGCAAACAGCCUGCCAUGCGCUGCCUGUGCCCCACCCACAUUUCCCCAGACACACCUAAUGGAGAUUUGUAAUCUACUGAGUGCACUUUUCUAGUUCUAGUAGUUUCCAGUUAAAGUUAGUGCCAAAACAGAAACUGUAUCUAAAUUUUAAAUAUGUGACAUUGUAUAUGUGACACUGUAGUGUAUAUAUAUAUAUAUAUAUAUAUAUAUAUAUAUGCAAACCUUGACAGUUUGCAUAUAUGCAUAUAUGCAUAUUUGCAUAUACAGUUUCCAUUUUCUGGGAAAUCACGGUGCAUUUUUUCUUGAACAUCAGCUACUGCUUUAAGGAAAUAAGAUGUAUCAGAUGCGUCAUCAAAAGUAACCUAUGGGCCAGCUGUGUAUCAGU